GAACAACUAAUCUAACACGAUGUCUGACGCCGCAGCUCCCGCUCCACAGAAGAAGGCUACUAAGCCAAAGAAGGCAAAGGCACCGGCUGCCCAUCCAAAAACCAUGGACAUGGUUGUUGCUGCUAUCACCAACUUGAAAGAUCGCAAAGGGUCGUCUCUUCACGCCAUCAAGAAAUACGUCGGUGCUAACUACAAAGUCGACCUCGACAAGAUUACUCCUUUCAUUCGUCGUGCUCUGAAGUCUGGUGUUGCCGACGGAAAAUUGGUCCAAACCAAAGGUACUGGUGCGUCUGGCAGCUUCAAGCUAAAAGAAAAAGCUAAAGCUGAGAAGAAAGCUAAGAAGCCAAAGACACCAAAGAAACCCAAGGCAAAAAAACCAAAGGCCAAGAAACCAAAAGCAGCGACGAAAAAGCCAAAGGCAAAAAAACCUAAGGCCAAGACUCCAAAGAAGGCAAAGAAGUCGCCAGCAAAGAAACCAAAGGCAGCAAAGAAACCCGCCAAGAAAACUUCAGCGAAAAAGGCAAAGAAACCAGCAAAGAAGGCUGCUCCCAAGAAGAAGUAAGCGAAUAAUCGCAAACCAAACCAAACGGCCCUUUUCAGGGCCACCACAUCCUCCAAAAAGAGAACUACCGUAAAGCCAUUGUGUGUUUGAAUGUUAAUAAUGUUGUGUUGGUU